AUGUUCUUGACAAAUGGUGAGCAAGCAUGUUUGGAACGUGAUCAAGAGACAAGCCUCGAGGUACCCACUAUCAUAAGAUGGGACAAAACAAUCGAUACUUGUUACAAAUUCCAUGGAUAUCCUCCUGACCUUCCAAAGUCUGGACAGGGUGAGCGUUCGAAUAAGCAAAGACAACAGCGCACUGACAGACAACCACGAGUGGCCCACGUCGAGCCUGAGGCAAACUUCUUCUCAGGUCUCUUGGCAGCACAGUUUGAUCAGUUGAAGCAACUUCUUGUAGAUUCGUCAAAAUCCUCAUCGUAG